AUGAGUCUUAUAACUAAAGUUCAUCAAGAGAGUUGUUAUCCAAAUGAAGCUAAUAUUCAAUUUGCACUUUAUAUUGUAAAUCUAUUUGAUACGAUGUUGAAAACCAAUCAACCAUUAGGAUUGAUUGAUGAUAAAUUUGUUGAGUUUUUAGUAUGGUUAUUUGAUAGGCUUUCAAAUUAUCAAUUAGCGGAGAAAUGUGAAUUGUAUAAGAACGAUUUGAUACAUAUCGAUCGAUUAAAGUCGAUAGUUGAAAAGUUAAAUUCGAAAACAGAUGAAUAUUUAAAAGUAUCAACAAAAACGAUUUAUGAAGAAAUGAAAAUGAUUUAUAUUGAAAAGUUUAUUAAAAAAUUAUUUGAAAAGAAUUCAAAUGCAAAAUGGUUAGAAGUUGUUAUUUAUUUUCCUCAAUAUUUUCAAGAAGAUAAUGAUCAGUUAUAUAAUUGUAUUAAAAAUAAUGAUAAAAUUGAAAAAUUAAUCUUUGAGAAAAUACAUACAAUACAAGAAAAUAGUCUAAAGAAAUUCCAUACGUUUGUUGUAGAGGAUAAAUUCGAUUUUAAGCAAUUAAAUGGAUAUAUAUUAGGCAGUAAUUCUACAUUUGAUAAGAAAAAUCCAUAUGAAGUAUUGAAUUUUAAUAAUUUAAUUCAAACAUUGAAUAAUCGAUUUACAAUCGACGGAAAACUUUCUAUAGAAAUCGAUGAGUUUAAAAAAAUACACGAUUGUUUAUGUUGUUUUGAAGACUUAAGAAUCGCGAUUGAAAGAUUAUCAACUACAUCCCAACAAGAUUGGUUAAAAGUAUUGUUAGUCGAACAUAUUAUUGAAAAAUUUUGUUUAAUCUAUUCACAACAUGAUAAUCAAAUCGAACAACUUCGUAAUGUAUUAAUGGGAGUCAAUGAGAAAGUUUUAUUACUAUUUAAUAAUAUGUUUUUUAGUCAAUAUAUCGAUCAAAUGAAUUCGGAUACAAUGCCGAAUUAUCAAAAGCUGAAGGAAGAAAAAUUCUUUCGUAUUAUUGAAUUGUUACAUGUUGUAAGUCCAAGUAAAAAGAAUUUAGAUCAAUUAUCCGAUGCUUCAUUAACUGUUUGGGAUACUCUUUUAUAUGAAAUAGAAUUUUCACAAAUUUUUCGUAGAGAAAUGAGUAAGAUUAAUAUUGAAUUUGAUGAAAGAACGUUAUUAUUUUUAAAUCGUAUUCGAGUACAAUUGACUAUUGAAAAUAAUAAUAGAUUUAUGGAGUUUUUUCAGACAGUUUCGAAUAAAAUAGGCAAGGAAGAUGUUAAAAAUCUUGAUAUAUUAAAUAAUUUAUUAGAAAAAAUUCAUUUUAAACGAAUAUCAUUUGAAGAAGGAAAUAAAAUUGUUUUAGAAGUUGAUUAUUCAAAUUGGUCAGAAGAAAUAGAUAAACUUAUUUUAUCAAAUCGUAUCGUUGUUAAUCAAUCGGAUGCGAAAGCAGCCGACAUUAUUCGUCAAAUAAAAGAUGAACAGAAAAAUAAAACAAAUGUUAUAAAAGCAGACAUUCUUGAUCAAAUCGCGAUCAAAGCGACCGUAAUUCGUGAUAAAGCUUGGAGAAGAAUCGAUUCAAACGAAUGUGAUACAUCACAAAUUAAACAAGAAAUUCAGAAUAUCUUUAAUCUUAAAGAUUAUCAAGAUGCUCCAUCACAAUAUGUUUAUUCUCAUCUUGAUGAAAUUCUUCAAUUGAUUUGUUGUGCUUGGUCAAUAGCUAAUAAACCACAAUUUCCAAAAGAUACUCAAAUCGUUGCGCUAUUACUUUUUAUUCAUAGUACUGAUAAAGGACUUCUCGAACAGAUUCGAACGGGUGAAGGAAAAACUCUUACUGUAGGUAUUACAGCAGCAUUUUUAGCAUUAUGUGGACAUGCAGUCGAUGUUGUUUCUAGUAAUCGAGAUUUAGCAAUUGAAGGCGAACAAAAAUGUCAUUCAUUUUUUCAAUUAUUAAAACUUGAAAGUGGACAUAUAUGUAAUGAUGAUGAUGAAGUUAAUCAUCAAGCGUAUCGACCAGAUCUAAAGACUCCACAAGGUAAUAUUGUCUAUGGAGAAGUUGGAGGAUUUCAAAAAGAUAUUUUAGAAGAUGAAUUUAAUAAUAAGAAAAUCUUUAGUGAUCAAUAUAAAAAACGAAAUAGAUGUUUAAUUAUUGAUGAAGUUGAUAAUAUGUGUUUAGAUCGUGCUCGACAUGUUCUUUAUCUUUCACAUGAAAUUCAUAGUUUGAAACAUCUUGAAACAUUAUUUAUUAAUAUUUGGGCAGCAGUACUUCGAACUGAAAUUAAAAAUUUAGAUGAUAUGUCAGAAAAUAUAAAGGAUAUUUCGAUUUUUAUAAAACAAAAUAUUGAAAAUAGAAAUAUAUUCGUACCUGUUUAUAUGGAGAAAUUUGUUAAUCAAAAACUUGAACGAUGGAUUGAUAGUGCAUUUCAAGCACGUAUCAUGCGUGAAGAUGAUCAUUUCGUUUUAGAUAUAGCUAAAACAGAUGAACAAAAGAAUCAGAAGCAAAAGACUAUUAUUGUUCUUGAUAAAGAUACUGGUGUUGAACAAUAUUCAACACGUUGGAGUCAUGGUUUAGCACAAUUUUUAGAAUUAAAAUAUCGACGAAAGUUAUCUGUUGAAAGUUUAAAAGCCGUUUUUAUUUCUAAUAAGGCAUUUUUUCAAAGAUAUAAUAAUUAUCUCUAUGGUUUAACAGGAACAUUAGGUUCAGAAAAUUCUCAAAGUUUUCUAUCAGAUUUAUAUCAUGUUCAAUUUGUUGAACUUCCAACAUCGAAAAAGAAAUGUUUCUAUCAACUUCCUAGUAAAGUAUCAUUUGAAUAUAGCGAUUGGCUUAAUCUUAUCGCUAAAGAAAGUAUUAAACAAGUUAGUAAACGACCUGUUUUAAUUAUCUGUGAAAAUGUUGAAUCAACAGAAAAUAUCUGGAAUGAACUUAUUCGACAUGGUGUUUCAUCACAUACGAUUGAAAAAUAUAGACGAGAUGGAGAUAAUGUUGAAGAUCGAUUUCGAAAGAAACCGGCGACUAAAGGUGAUAUUAUCAUAGCAACGAAUAAAGGUGGUCGAGGAACUGAUAUUCAUGUCGAUUCAGAAGUUAAUUGUGAAGGGGGAAUGCAUGUUGUUUUAUGUUAUCUACCGGAUAAUAUUCGAAUAGAAGAACAAGCUUUUGGACGAACAGCAAGAAAUGGAGCUGCAGGUACUGGACAAUUUAUUUUACAAGUAGAUAAGAAUAUUUAUGAAUCGCAGUAUGAUCUUAGUCAAUAUCCAAAAGAUCAGAAACAAAAGAAAUUAGAAGAAUUAUCCGAUGUAAUUUUAGAAAGAGAAAAAAUUACUCGAGAUAAUAAAGAAGCAGCGAGAUUAUCAGAAUUAAAACUUAAGAAUAUUCUUCGUCUUGAAGUUGAAGAAGAACUUUUCGAUAAAUUCAAUAAAUUUAAACAAACUAUUGCAAAAGAUGAAUUCAAAAGGAUAUUUGAGGGUAAAAAUGAAAAAAUCAAAGAAAAACUAAUUGAACCAUUUGAAAAUAUUCUAAAAAAUCGUUGGGCAUUUUGGUUAGAUGAAGCUAAAGAUCAAAUUGAUGUUAUUGAAACACCUCAACAAAAGAAUGCUCUAUUAGAAAAAUAUGAUUCUUUGUUUAUUGAUCAUAUUACUAAUCUUUUACGUACUUCGAAUUUAUCUGAAUUGAUUGAUAAACCAGAAGAAGCAAUUCAAAUUGGAAAAGUUUAUCUUUCAGAAAAUGAAUAUUCUGAAGCAAAGAGUUAUUUUGAAAAGGCCGUCGCCUGCGGAGAUAUCUCAGGAUUUUCACAUAUAGGAAUAGCAUUUUGUAUAAUCCAGUUAAAACCUGAGAUCAAUAUUAAGAAAGAGUCGAGAAGAAGGUUAAAAAAAGCUUUAGAAUGUUUAGAAUCGAUGAAACGAAAUUUAAUGUCGAAUCUUAAAAUUGCUGAAAUUCUUUCUCAAUCAGCGACCGCUGAGAUUCUUCAAAAAGUUUCAUCAAAAGAUAAUUUCUAUCAAGAUCAAAUAAAGAGUAAAUUAGAAGUUAUUGGAACACAGAUACAUUAUUUAACGAAAGCUAUUGGAGAAACUGUUGAACCUUAUGAUUUUAUUUUACAUGUAAAUCAAGAGGAAAAAUUUGAUAAGGAAAAUUAUGAAAAAGGAGAAAAAUUAUACAAUCUUUUAGUUGAUAAGGGAAUUAUUCAAGGAGAUCAAAUAAGAAAAUCAUUUAAAAGAAAUACGAUAGAAAUGGAAAAAAUAAUUCGAGAAAAUCUUGAUCCUUCAAUUGCUGAUAGGCUAGUUGAUUUAUUAAAGAGUAAUAAAAGUAGUUUUACAAAGAACGAUUUUCAAGAUAUUGUUUGUUAUGAUGAUGAAAUAUGGGAAGUUUUAAAUGUACAAGGAAAACACGAAAAGGUUUAUAUAUUAGAUACGCAUAAAAUAAAAAAUGAGUUAGGAGCAUCCUAUGAAAAUAUUUGGAAUGAUUUAGAAGAGAAAAUUGAUCAUACUAAUGUCAAUCUAGAUGUAUUCGAAGAGAAUUCUGAAAAGAAAAAUUUUAAAGUUUAUCUCGAACAAAAGAAAAUUUUAAUUCAAACAAAACGAGUUAAAAUCGAAGAUAUAGAUUUAAAUUUGUUGAAAUCUAAUGGUAAAUAUGCGAAAUAUUCGAAGAUAAAGUUCAAUGAUAAUGGUUAUGAAAAGGAUAAAGGCCUUAAAGGAUUCUUAGAAGAACUAUUCGAAUAUAUUCGUGAAGAAAGUAAAUAUUUAUAUCAAACAGAUUUACCAUACGGUACAAGAGAAGAAGAAGGAAAUAAAAUUCAUAUAUUUUUAAAAGAAAAAAAUAUUUUAAAAUCCGGUGGACUUGCACAAUUUAAAUAUGGUAAUCAUCGUGAUGAUCUAAGCAAACGAUUAGAUGAAAUUUUCGAAAAAACUGAAUAUAAAAAUGAUAAAAAUUUAAUUGAACCAAUAAUAUUAAGAUUACAAGGAGAUAUUCGAUCAUAUGAAGGUGAUUUAAAAGCUCAUUUCAAAGAAUUUAUUGAUCUUCAAGAGGUCGAAACUGUACCAAAUGAAUUAAGAUUUUUUCAAGGUAUUGGUCUUGAUAAAUUUUUAAUUAUUCAAGAAGAUAAAUCUUGGUGGGAUUGGAAUGCUUUUGCAGUUGCAAUGAUAGGAGUUGCUCAAGUCAUUGGAGGAACAAUUUUAAUCGCUUUCGGUGCAGUCAAUAUAGGAGGUGCUCUUCUUGCUGAAGGUGUUUCCGAUAUGGUUUAUGCGACAAUGGCAGGUUUAUCUGGACAAUUUAGUUGGAGAGAUUGGGCUAUACAAAAAUCUAUUAGCUUUAGUAUCUCGUUAGUGACAGCAGGAAUAGGAAAAUUAGCAUCUGUAGGUGCUACAGUUGCUAAAAUAGGUUCAGUGUCUAAAGCAGCCUUAUUUUUUCAAAUAGCUAAGAAUGCAAUGAAACAGUUUGCUCUUACGACUUUGACGAAUAUCAUAACUGAAAAAAUUAUGGAACAAGUAAAAGAUGGUGUUAUACCAAAGAUUCUUAAUACAAUUGAAGAUCAAAUUUUGAAAGUUAUAACAAGUUCAAUACAAACUAAAGUUGAAACUAUUUAUUCUUCUGGUAAAACUAAAGAAGAAACCGAAAACGAAUAUAGUACAAUGGAAAAAAAUCUUGAAGGAGCAUUAUCUGGUAACCACUUAUUACCACAACAGUUCGACAGUAUUCGAGAACAUGUUGUUUCUGCUUUACAAAAUUCCUAUGUGAAUGUUGCUGAUGCUUUGAGUAAUUCAAGUUCAAAAUAUGCAAAAAUGAUUGGUGCGGCUGUAAAAGCAACUUUUUUAAUUAAUCAGAUUUUUGGUGCAGUUCAAUCUGUUUUAAAUUUAGCUAGUGUUAUAACUACUUUGACGAAUUUAAUUGAAAAUUCUAAUCAAACAAAGACUGACAAAAAUGUUAAUCAAAACAAGUCAAAUGUUGAAAUUGUUAAAGCGAGAACAGAAAAAUUGAUUAAUAUGAUAAAAGGAUAUAUAACAAGUAGAUUAUUGAGAGAAUUAGAUAGAGUAUUAAGACAAAUCAUUAGUAAAACAUUAACAGCGAUUGGUACAGCGAUAGCAAUGGGUGUUAAGGCCAUGGUAGAUUCAGCAUAUAACAAUAACAAUCAAAUAGAUCAAUUAAGAAAAUCAAAUGAGAAUAGAGAUAGUCAAGUUAGUGUAGAAGCACCUUCACCGAAAGCUGAAUCUGAGAAAGAAAAACAAGAUGAAGAAAAACGAAAUGAUUUACAAAAUAAUGUUAAGAAUCCGAAGGAUUUUUCGGAAGAAAUUGAAAAUAAAGAUAGGCCUUUAGGUCGUGCUGAUAUCAAAAUGUUAGCAAAUAGUGAAUCAAGAAAUAUAGUUGUUUAUAAUGUUGAUACUGGUGAAAAAGAAGUGAUAAGACCUGCAGGGCUCAGAAAGAUACCUGCAUUUUUUAAACAAACAGCUGAAAUAAAUUAUAAACCAGGUGAAGAUGGAAGUAUUGGACAUUUUUAUACUGCUAGAGGUACUGAAACAUAUAAACAAACGAAUGGGGGUAACGACUGUUUAUUGAUAGCUUACAAUGAAUCAUUGGGACGAAAAGUCAAUGAAAAUGUAAUAAGACAGGAGCGAGAGAACUUAUAUCAAUACACUCAUCGACAUUCACAGCAAUAUGCUGAAUAUAGACAAGAAACGAGUAGGAGUGGAUAUCCUGAAAUGAUAGGUGGUAGAGAGAAAAGAGAAGAGGAGGAAGAACUGCCUCCAGAAGUAAUUCGAUUCUCACAAGAUAAUGUGAAUAAACCAGAACACAUAGAAGAAAUAGAAAAUAGAAUGAUAACAGAUGGAUGGGAGGGUGAUCCUAUUGAUGUAGUACAAAUGCCUGAUGAAGAACUGACCUCGGUGGAUAAUAGACGAGUACUUGCAGCACAAAAUGCAGGUAUAAAGGUUCUUGCAAAAGUUCACAAGGCAGAUGACCCAUUACCAGAAGACCAAAUAAAACGUUUUACUGUUCCGGGUUUACCACCACCUAAAACAUGGGGAGAAGCUGUUAUGAUACGAGUACAAAAUCAACCAUCAUAUUGGAUGAGAGUUACAUUCCCAUACGGAACUGUUCAUCGACCAUAUGUUAUGGGCAGAAAUGUCGAUGAAGACAAGGAACUACGCGAAUGGAAUUAUGAUGCUCCAUAUGAGGGGAUGGAAAACAUUGGAAAGCCUCAAAAAAGAAAAUCUUCGAAAGAUAGAAAAUAG